GUAUCCACUUCAGCUUUACCUUUUCAAUACAAUAGACUACAAUGCAUUCUGCCUAUGAUAAGCUAAGGCAAAAUCAAAUCAAUAUACUGCAGGUGGAGCAAGGAGAUGCCGCCAAACAGAGUAUAUUGUACACCAAGGAUAGUAUUUCCACUUCCGAGUUGGGUAGCAGUGAUACAAGUUCAACAAUCCGUGAUAAAUGGGGCAAUGAGAUAGAGUUUUUGUUCUCUUGCAUUGCCUUGUCCGUGGGUCUGGGCAAUGUUUGGCGAUUUCCCUUCAUAGCUUUGGCCAAUGGCGGGGGUGCGUUUGUGAUACCCUAUGUCAUAGUGUUGUUGCUAAUAGGUCGACCGGUUUAUUAUUUGGAAGUGAUUGUCGGUCAAUUCUCUAGUCGAGGGUGUGUGCAGGCAUUUGGUAUGGUGCCGUUAAUGAAGGGCAUUGCAUAUGGUCAAGUCUAUUCUACUGCUGUGGCCACCACCUAUUAUGCCAGUAUCAUGGCUUUGACCAUUAAAUAUUUGUUGGCUUCCUUUGCCGAUAUCUUACCCUGGACCUAUUGCCGUCCUGAAUGGGGUGCUACAUGUUUGGCCACCUCUGAUUCGUUGCAGGAAAUUAAUUCGACCAUCCCCACCAAGCGUGUGUCUUCCGCAGAGCUAUUUUUCACCAAAUCUGUUUUGCGUGAGACUGAAAAUUUGGAUCAUGGCUUGGGUAUGCCCAGUUGGGAUUUGGUGCUUUGCCUAUUGGCUGCCUGGAUCUUAAUAGCCAUUAUACUCAUCAAAGGCAUACGCAGUUCGGGCAAAGCUUCCUACUUCCUGGCAUUGUUUCCCUAUGUGGUCAUGCUAAUACUAUUGUGGCGGGCCCUCACUCUUCCCGGAGCUCUGGAUGGGAUUGUAUAUUUCCUAAAGCCUCAAUGGGAUCAAUUGCUAAAUCCACAAGUUUGGUAUAAUGCCAUAACUCAAAUGUUCUUUUCUUUGGCCAUAUGCUUUGGUACGCUGGUCAUGUAUGCUUCCUUUAAUAAUUUUCGCAAAAAUGUUUACAGGGAUGUCAUCAUUAUAACCAGUGUGGAUUCGGUUACUUCAAUACUAGCUGGUUGCAUUAUCUUUGGUAUUCUUGGCAAUUUAGCCUAUGAAACCAAUAGCCCCGAUAUCUCCAGCGUUGUCAAGGGUGGUGCGGGCUUGGCUUUUAUUUCGUAUCCAGAGGCCAUAGCCAAAUUUAAAUUUUUACCUCAAGUCUUUGCGGUGCUCUUCUUUUUAAUGCUUUUGGUAUUGGGCAUGGGCAGCAAUGUGGGCAUGGCUUCUUGUGUAAUAACUGUCAUCAAGGAUCGUUUUAACCAUUUGCCACAUUGGCUGUUGGCCACCGCCAUGGCUGUGAUGGGUUUCAUGUGUGGAAUUAUCUAUAUGACACCAGGAGGACAAUUUGUUUUGAAUUUGGUGGAUUUCUUUGGGUGUUCUUUCAUUGCUCUGUUCUUGGCAAUAGCAGAGUUAAUAGCGGUAUCAUGGAUGUAUGGAGUCAAACGUCUAUGCCAGGAUAUUGAAUUUAUGCUAGGCGUCAAAACUGGCCUCUAUUGGCGUAUAUGCUGGGUCCUUAUAACUCCUGGCCUUAUGUUUGCAGUUUUGCUUUAUACCCUUAUUACAUUGGAACCUUUAACCUAUAAUGGUGUAGCUUAUCCCCUCAAUGUUUAUGGAGUUGCUUGGCUAUUAUGGGCCAUUGGAGUUGCCCAACUGCCACUGUGGGCAUUAUACACCGUCUACUCGAUGAAGGGGGAAACCCUAAAGGAGAAAUUCAUUAACUCCUUGAGACCUUGUCAGAAUUGGGGUCCUUCAGAUCCCAAACUUUUGGUGGAAUAUUUACUUUUCAGACAACAACUGCAAGCCACACAGAGUCACAAUGAAUUGGAUCAUAGAACGCUGUGGACAAAAUUCUAUGAGAAUAUAGUCGGUUGAGAAUAGAGUAUUUGGAGAAUUAAGAGAUUUUUAAUAUUGUAGUUAAAUUUAAGAUAUAGACAAUAUUGUGAAAACAUUCAUAAAAUAGUUUUUGCAAAAUAGUGGCAACAUCUUUAAUUUUAAGUAAUAAAAUAUAAGCUAGAAUUAAUAUAAGAUAAUUUUUUGAAAAAAAAUUGUUGUCCCUUGGGGGGACACCAUGUUGUGUCUCCAAAAGAUAAAAAUACAAGUUUUUCAUU